AUGAAGACAAUUAAUUUUAAAUUUGAUUGGACAAUUGAAGGUCUAAAAAAGCUUCACGAGAAUCUCUCUAAUAACACUAGACCACUUCAAUUAACAAGUGAAUCAUUUUCCAGUCCAGACUUCCCAGCAGUGGUGUGGGAGUUACGUGUUGAACUUAAAAGAGGAGAAGAUAAUAUUAAUGUUUGGCUUCGUCAAAUAGGGCCAAAUAAUUCAAAGGGUUAUGGAAAUACUAAAUAUAAAAUUUAUGCGGAUACUUUUGCAAGAUAA